UGGAUCCUCCCCUCUCCUCUGCUUUGUAAAGUAUGUUCAGAGCGAUAGUCUUCAAGGAGCCCUCAGACAAAACACAACCAGCUGUGAGGUGUUUAACUUUCUCCAGACAUCCAGGACCACAAACACUUAAAAACCAGUGCAACACUUGUUCCAGGACAUUUUUUUUAUAAGCAACUCUCUCUCCCUAUAGAUCUGUGGAUUUUUAGGGCAUUGAAGAACCUCAACUUGAGUAGAGAUAUUGACAGGAGUCAAAAUUUGGAACUUGAAAGAAGUGAAAUUAACUUUUUUGGACAUUAUGGCACUUCGGCAGAACUCUGAGAAGGAGCCAAGCAUCGAGUUGUUCAUCAAGGUCAGUAUUUUCUGUAUAUUUCAUGAAAUUCUUGUAGGAAAAGCAGACUGAAGAAUGUAAGGAAAAGCCAGGAAUAUCUGAAUUCACUGUUAGAAAAUGAGGGAAAGGGUGUCACAAAAAUGCUGUUCACUGAUCUGCACUGUAAAAAGGUAGAGAUAUAGUUUUUUGGUGUAUGUGGGCAUCAAUCUGAGCAUGACUUGCCUUAAUAUAAAAAAAUAUCCUGCGCAACAGAUGCAGGAGUGUCUUUAUCCAUGUUAAGGGUCACGGCAAAAGUUUAUCAGUGAAUUAUGUCUACAGGCAGACUCACACUGCAGCUUAUCAGAAGGAGUAUGGAGCACACAGGGUGAAAAGCCCCAGCUCGAACCAGACACACCCACUCUACUUACGCACUUAUUAAGAUAGACUCAUCCAUAUCAAGAAGUCAUAUAAACAGUUCAUCUGUCAUGGAAAGUUGCCUGGUAUUUAUCAAAACGUUAACUACAUCAGGUUUUUGCCCUACAGUGACUCUUGAUUGAAAUGUUCGAGGUAUUUUUUUAUAUCAUUUGAUGUGCAAAAAAGAGAGAGAGAGAGAGAGAGAGAAAGAAGGUCAAGGAAAGCUCAAUAAGUGAUUAGAUAAAUGCACAACAUCUCUUGCAAAUUAAUCAUUUAACAUUUAGUCACUCAAGAACAGGUUAUAAUUAUUCCCUGUCAAAUUUGGCACAAUAUCCACUCUUUAAUCUAAACAUUUAAUCAUCAUCUUUGGAGUUAUUUUUUUAACAACCCCGAUAUAAUGUGUUAAAAAGUUAAAUUAAUAUUUACGAAUCAUCACAGUUUGAUGAAGCUAAGCUAGCUGCCCCUGCUUGUUUCUUCAUUUCAUGCUAGGCUAUAUGCUAACGUAGUGUUUGCUUUAGCCUUAUUAUUUUCUGUCUUAAAGUAACUGGGAGUGCUGUUGAACUUAUCUAAAUUUAUGCAAGAAAGUAAAUAAAUAUUUAGUUUGCAUAAAUAUGUCUUAGCCAAAUUGUCAAAGUAAAUCAAAACAAAACAGACUUAGGUUGACAUGUUAGCAUCUUUUUUUUCUGCUACAGCACAAUGCCUGUUCUGCUGUUAGUGUCUCAGUGAAGUAAACAGACUUUAAAUAUCACAGGCACACCUUGUAAUGAGGUCAAUUGUUUACUAUCAGAAGAUCAGAAGAAAAAAAGUGACUCUUGAGACUAAAAAGAAUCUUCUAAAUGUGGCUUUUGUGCAUUUUCAGGCUGGACAUGAUGGUGAAAACGUGGGGAACUGCCCUUUCUGCCAGAGGCUCUUCAUGGUUUUAUGGCUGAAAGGAGUGAAGUUCACUGUGACCACUGUCGACAUGAGGAAGUAAGCAGCCCCUCCUCUGGCUAAAAACACUUCCUGAGCAUCUGGUGAUGAGGGCUUUUACACAGAAGAACCCUAUUUAGCAGCAAACAAGAGAGAAAUUGAGGACUUUCUUUCAGUAAUUUGAAUAAUUUCUCACUUAAGAAUAGGUGUGUUUCUCACUCUGUCUAACAGGGAUUGGAGCCAAAGUGUACAAAGAGCUCUGUGUGACUACUGAACAAACACGUCUUUAAUUUAGGUGUCUGGUGAAUUUCACAGGGUUGAUCCUGGAGAGCAAAUAAGAAACUUUAAAGGGAUGCUAAUAACUGAAUGAUUCAGAGCACACAAAACAGCUGACCACACCCCUGUGGGACCAUGAAUUUUAUAACUAAACCAACAGCGAAAGGGAUAAUCAUCAAUUCUCUGUUGAAUUUGAACCUGACAGACCCAACUACCAAAAUGCUGUCGUUUCUUUCAAGCUUGGUCACAAUCAGAGCUCAGUAAAUUGUAUAGCAACUCAUGUUUUCCAUCCUUUUCUAUUGUUUCCAGGAAGCCAGCUGAGCUCAAAGACUUGGCCCCAGGCACCAACCCUCCUUUUCUCCUCUACAACGGCACCUUAAAAACAGACUUCAUCAAAAUCGAGGAGUUUCUUGAACAAACACUGGCUCCUCCCAGGUACAGAUAAUCACUAAACAAAUAUUACCGAAGUGUAAUUUUGAUAAAGGCUCAGUGACAUCAAACAGGUUUGUGCCCAGGCUUCAUCUCUCUCCUCUCUCAUGCAGGUAUCCUCACCUCAGCCCACUAAACAAAGAGUCCUUUGACGUCGGCGCUGACAUUUUUGCCAAAUUCUCUGCUUUCAUCAAGAACAGUCCCAGUAAUGCCUGUAAGUUGAGGGUUUUUGUGAUUUGUUAAACAUGAAAUAGCUCUCAAUAUUUUUAAUAAAUACAUAUAAAUGUGAAAUAUGCAAAAAAGAAAAAAAGAGGAGAGUAUAGGAAAGGAUAGUCUGUUAGCCAUAUUUAUCUCAACUGAAAAUACCGUUACAAGUGAUUGGAAAAUUUGAGUCAGGAGAACAGUAUAAUACCAUGCCAAUAUUAUGUCCCACUUUUGCUGCAUAAUGCAAACUGUAGUGAUACUUAAAAUGUUAUAAUGUUUGUUUAUUUAGCACCUCUCAAAAAGGAGGUUUCAAAAUGCUUCAUAGACAUGAAGGCCCACAAUAAAAGAACAAAGCAGGACAUACCAAUAAAAAACAAUACAACUUAAAACAAGAAUGGCUUGAUAGAAGAAAGACACUGAUGUAGCUUGACAGGGAUCCCCAGGCAGUUUGUUAUGUCCCAUAAAAAAGAGCCUGAACAGCAAAUACUCAGUCUCCUUUCAAGCUGGUGGUGGGAACAUUAUGGAGGUUUCUGCCUUAGGGUUUGUCAGACUGAUCUGACUGAUACUGCUGACAAUGCUCAUGUAUUUUCAUUUUUUUUUAAAUCUCCUAAAGCAGUCAUUUUGCUCACAAAUUUUGUAGAGGAUCUUUGAAGUAAUACCAGGAAAAGAUAAAUAUCAUUUCACAAAAAAAAGGCUGUUAUAUCACCACAUACAUGUCAACGUUUUAUUCAUGUAAUUUUUUAAAGAAGCCAUAUAACGAUAACUGUGAAAUAAAUUUUGUGGCAUAAAAGAUAAAAUAUUUACUUUCCAAAUGUUUUGCUGUAAAUAUAAAAAGUACACUAAAGAUAUAUACAGUACAACUUCUUUAAAUCUACCUCUACACAGUGUCAAAGUUAUCAGUAGUUCUUACCUUUCAGUUUACCAGCAGUUAUAGGACACUGCUGCUGAUGACACACAAAUCACACUUUGUCCCUGUAUCUGAUUUCCUGAUAGUCCAUGAGAAAAACCUGUUGAGGGAGUUUAAACGCCUGGACAACUACCUGAACUCCCCACUGCCUGAGGAGAUCGACCACAACUCCAGGGAAACCAUCGUCGUCUCUAAAAGGAUGUUCCUGGAUGGCGAUCGACUCACCUUAGCUGACUGCAAUCUGCUGCCAAAACUGCACGUUAUCAGGGUGAGACACUGAAGAUGAAUUUCUGUCUAUUUCAUAAAUGUCAAAAUUCCUCACAGGAGCUUUAAAUGCAGUUUUGUACCUGUUAUACAACCUACUCAUACAAAACCUCAAAAAUUUUUGUAUUUGCUGACAGGACUAUUCUUAAUUUGUUAUAAUUGAAAAGUGGUAUUUAUGCUUUGUCGACUUCAUAGUGUCAUACUAAGUGCAACAAUUUAUCUGUAAAAGCAGCCUUUGACUGUAUAAUGAGUGCUUUAACUUUUAAUUUUUUUCUGCAUUGUAGCAUAUACUUGCUGUAUUAUAGGUCCAAAAACACCAUUAUGGUAAUUUUAAUAAGCACAAAGAUGAUAUGUUUUGUAAAGUGCAACAUAUGCUUAAUUUUUUGUUAACAAAGGUUUUAUUCCCGAUCAUGAUGUUGUUCUUUCUCCUAUAUGUAUUGAUACUAUAACCUGAAGAAUUUGAUGUAUCUAACUUCUUUCAAGGCAGAUUUUUAUGGAGGCUACUUAAUGUAUCUGCUGCCUCUAAAAAAGUCUUAAUUUUCUUCUCCCAUACAUUUAUUCCAGGUUGCUGCGAAGAAGUACUGUGAUUUUGAGAUUCCAGCUCAGUUCACAGGCGUGUGGCGAUACCUUCAAAACGCCUAUGCUAGAGAGGAGUUUAAAGAGACGUGCCCGGCUGACAUUGAGAUCGAGAAGGCGUACUUCAGCGUGGCCAAACAGAGGAAUUGAGCAGGCGAUUCCUUUUGAUUCAUGUGCUUUUUUCUUCUUGUGUAUUCAUUCAUGUAAAGAUACUGACCAGUAGAGGGCGCUUCAACCAACAUGAACAGACACUUCAAAAAUCAGACACUGUUAAACAUGUUAAUGCAGUUGUUAAUGCCGUGUUUCUUAUUUGUUUUACUCAUCUUCACUUUUCGACAGAUAGUGUCCUCAAGCCUGAACCAAAACUGAAAAGGCCAAAUGUGCAAUUGACAAUUAUUGUUUAUAGUGUAAAUAUAUAUAUAUUUUUCCACAUUUUUAUGAUCAAAACACUCCUAUUGAAAUGUGUAUGAUAAUGUUAGUAUGAGACAUGGAUGAAAAUCCUUUACGAACAGUUCAUUUUUAUGUAAUACAUGAAACACAUCUUUAUAUUCCCCCUCCCCUUGGAGCACCUGUUGAUGUGAUUAGGUUGUCUCUCCGACACAUUUAUUAAAAAAUAUCAAAGACAUUAUUCAAAAUGUGGAUUUUUGUGUCUGUAUCACCCUUCAAUGUUAGAAAAUAUGAGAAAUGAUUCCUAGGUUGAUAGCUGUUCUCUUGGCUAAUUAACUCUAUUUACAUCCAACCAGUGCAAUCAAAAAGCAUGUCACAACAAUAGCAUUUCUGAUAUUCAAGUUUAUUCUCAAGCAACAAAAGAAAAUUACAGCUCCCAAAAUAUAUUCUGUUGAUUCAGUACAGAUGGUGCAUACUUUGUUCGGUGGUUGACAGGAGUGACGGAUGAAAAACGAUGGCGGUCCUGAUCAGUCUGAACAGAAGACACACAAAAUGUCCUCGAGCUUGACCUCAGUUGGUGACACAGUAUUUCCAGAAACAUGCUGUCAAGACAUCAGGAGGAAAAGUCAGGGACCAAAACACAGUUUUCAGUCCAAACAUUUCACUUAUUUCACCAAGCAUUUAUUUUGAUAAUGACUUUUUAUUUGUAUCUCUAAAGAAAAGCCUUACCUUGUCUAUUACUUCCACAAAUGUUUUCCCUUUUCCUAUUAAAAUAACACUACUCUAAUUAUAUGUAGACUGAGAAUAUCAAAUGUUCUAAAAACACUUGGGUCUAACACUUUGUGUAACUAUAUUAAAGAUUAUAGCCAGUCCAUUAAAAUUUUGUUAUAUACUGACACUGAUGUAACUUCAUGCAUUUUUCUGAGGUUUUUACCACCCAAGUACAGACACGAGUGUUAACACCGAUGAUAAAACACUGUUUUACAGAUUUUUUUUAAAAAUGUCACCAAAUAGGAAGUAAAUAUCAUUAAUAAAAAAAUAGUUAUUAGGGCGCCAAGCCUAGUAGUCAAGGUGCACCCCGGGUUUAAUUCUACCCAGUGACCCCCUUUUGCAUGUCAUUCCCCAUUCCCUCCUCUGUUUCCUGCUCUAUCUACUGUUCCCUAUCUGCCUCUAAAAAGCCCAAAAAAUUAGUCUUAUAAAAACUGUUAUUAAUCAAAAGUAGUCAAAAGAUGCCUCAAAAUCUGCUGAAAACUACAAGUCACUCAUUGAGAGACAAUUACUGAGUGUUUACUUGUUUAUUGAUGCAAAUUUCAUUACUGCAACUGCAAUUACUACCUUUUAAAAUCUUAAAUUUUUUCAACAAAGACGGAUCAUUACAUUUUGAAUCGCAUUGUUAUCUGUAAUCCCUGAAAAGUGGGCUGUGUAUACAGUUAUUGACACUGAUGUCAGUUUUCUCAGUUGAAACAUUUCUGUUUGAUCUUCAAAUAGGCUAAGAGCAUUUGAAACCUACGAGUUUAAUAUUUGAUCCAAAAAUUGUGUUGAAUACAUAGCCUCUAACUGCCUACAUGAAUAGUGCAAGAUGUAAUACAAUCUUAAAUGGCAUAGCCACUAUCAUAAGUUUCACUUUGAUAUGACAGGUUUUGCAUUAGCACUACUGUAUAAAGAGCAGGUGUGGAAUGUCAUUGAUAAUGACAACAUUAGUCACUGACCUCUUUUGUUUGUUUUUGGCAGGCUCUGCUCUGACCUGAGAAAACCCUGAGCACGGAGCUUGUCCGCUGCCGUCAGCUUUAAAACUGCUUCCCUGAGGUCCUCCACCUAAAAGCAUACAAAUAAUACAAUAAUAUCACAUUGGGAAAAAAACAGUGGCUCAAUCUAGCAGCUCCCUGAACAGAUUAAUUUUGAUGUGUCUACAGUAAAUAAAUAUAAAUGUAAGCUUAACAAUAUAAAUGCAUCCAUUCACCUGAAUAUAAUGAUGAACUUAAAUCCUUUUUCAAAUUUAUUAUCAUUCUAACAGCAAAUUUAUAUAACAAAAUACUGUGCAAAUAUCACAUUAUUGCAGAUAUAGUGAUAAAAGUGUUAAUAUGAAAUAUGUACUCAGCACAUCACAGUCAGGUUCCAGGAUUAACAGACAUUAGUAAAAACACCCGGCUUAUUUAAACCUCAACUCAGCCUCAGAUUCUGGUACAUCAUUCUGAUUAAUGAAGUUGAAUCAGCAGUUGAAGUGCUUGAAAUCUCAACCAAGGAAUAACAAAUUUUAGCUGUGAAUAUAUACUUAUAUUUUCCCUUUUUUUUCUGUUAAAGGCUUUUUCUAUUUCUUUGAAGUACAAAAUAGUGAAAACAAGAGCAGAAAACCAUCCUUACCAUGUUUGCAAACUUGUCUUGUGUUCCUAAAUCUUUGGUCCCUAAAAUAGAGGCAAAAUAAAACAUUUAUUUUUUUAACUGA